UCUAUCUUCUAUGCAUAUGUUAUCUGUGGUGUCAGUUUUGUGCACAGGUUUUGUGAGUGAGUGAGUUUUGCUUGUGUGUGUCUUGUUUUCAUUUCCUUGAUUUUAUUCCAUCAGAGUUAAAAAUAAAGGUAGGCAGAGUGAGAUGUCGUCACCACGCCCGAAAUCCCCUCGUACUCCCGUGUUACCUAAAAAGGAAGAUAAAGAAGAAUCGUUCUGGGACAAGAUUGGUACCAUUGGUCGCAAGAAGCGCAUAAAAGAAGUUCAAGAUGUCCAGGCUGAAGGCAAGUUUGCUAUUGACUCUCCAGGCAGCCCGACUGCUCCAGAAAUACCACCUGAGGAGUACAGCUUGCAUGACAAUGAAGAAAGAGCCAUAAUCGAGCCUAGAUCUCUUGAUGAUCCUCGAGUGAAAGAGUUGGUACAAGUACUUAUAGAUUGGAUCAAUGAUGAACUUGCCACUCAAAGAAUAAUUGUUAAAGACAUCAGUGAAGACUUGUAUGAUGGUCAGGUUCUGCAGAAACUCCUUGAGAUGCUGACAGGCACCAAACUUGAUGUGCCUGAAGUUACACAGUCUGAAGAAGGGCAGCGCCAGAAGCUGGCUGUUGUUUUGAGAGCAGUGAAUCGGGUACUGUUUGGAACAUCCAAACCGGUCCCUAAAUGGAGUGUGGACUCUGUUCACUCAAAGAAUGUUGUAUCUAUACUGCACUUGCUUGUUGCCCUGGCACGCCACUUCCGUGCUCCUGUACGUCUUCCUGAAAAUGUCAGUGUCAAUGUUGUUGUUGUGAAGAAGGAUACUCCAAAUCAACUGUCUCACAGAACUUUUGUUGAAACUAUCACAACCACUUAUGAUGACUUGGGAAUGAAAUGUGAAAGGGAUGCAUUUGAUGCCUUGUUUGAUCAUGCUCCUGAUAAACUGCAGGUAGUGAAGAAGUCACUCAUAACUUUUGUGAACAAACACCUGAGCAAAGUGAAUCUUGAAGUGAUGGAUUUGGACACACAAUUCCAUGAUGGUGUAUACUUGUGCCUUUUGAUGGGACUGCUGGAGGGAUUCUUUGUGCCUUUAUAUGACUUCCACUUGAUACCAGAAGAUUUUGACCAAAAGGUUCACAAUGUGUCUUUUGCUUUUGAACUUAUGCAAGAUGUUGGACUCGCUAAGCCAAAAGCAAGACCUGAAGAUAUCGUGAAUCUCGACCUGAAAUCUACUCUGCGAGUUUUGUAUAAUCUCUUUACAAAGUACAAAAGUCUGGCUUGAGAGCUAAAUUCAAUUUUCAUCACAAGUCCGUGUUCGUGCCUGAUUUUUAAUUUAAUAAAAAAUAAUUAUUAAUAUUAUAUUAGAAUGUUAAUGAUAUAUUACAAAUAAUGUAUGACGGUGCUUUACCUUAACUAAGUAUAGAUAAAUAUAUUAAUUGACUAACAA